AUGUUGCAGCAAGCUCUCGGAGAGGUAGUGUACUGUCAGCUGCCCGAAGUCGGCACCCGACUAACCGCGGGACAGGAGUGUGUGGCCCUAGAAAGCGUCAAGGCAGCCAGUGAAGUGUAUGCGAGCGUUUCAGGCACGCUAUGUAUAUGACACCGUAAGAUUGUGACAGAAAAAAACAAAGAGGUGAAAUCCAGCCCAGGUCUGAUUAACAAAUCUUGUUACGGCGAAGGAUGGCUCUUCCGGGUGCGGCUUUCGCAGACCAGCAACUUUGAUAAUUUGAUGACACAUGCAGCUUAUGAAGACUUGCUGCGUAGCCAUGAAGAACACUAA